AGGUCUCGGCAUCCGACGACCCACGCCAAAAAAACAAAACAGAAAACGAGCGGUUAGGAACAGAGAAAGCAGAGGAUCCCUUCGCUCCUUCCCUUCCCCUCCACUCCUCGCUCUCCUUAGACCUCACCUCUCCUCUCCUUCAGGGAGAGAUCGAGGGGAACUGCUCAGUCUCUCCGCCAUUUGUUCUGUUUCUCUUCCUCCGAUCCAUAUCCCAAGAGUCUGAAGAGAGAUAUGGGGGUUUACAAGCUCAUCAAGAGCGAUGACGGCGUGGCGGCCGCUCCAUCAGCCGAGCCCAACAAGCUCGUCGUCGACGACGUGCUGUUGUCUCAGCACAGGGAUAUCGAGGCCGGCGGCAAGCACAGCCAUGGAGCCCCGCCAGAAAAGGAGGCCUCCGCUUCCGGGAAACGCGGGCAGCGCCUCGUAUCGCUUGACGUCUUCCGAGGACUCACCGUCGCGCUGAUGAUAUUCGUAGACGAAGCUGGAUCAUUUUUUCCUGCGAUCAAUCAUUCUCCUUGGGAUGGUGUGGCCCUUGCUGAUUUUGUCAUGCCAUUUUUCUUGUUUAUAGUUGGAGUUGCACUUGCACUUACAUACAAGAGAGUCACAAACCAAGCCGUAGCAACUUGGAAAGCAUUACUUCGAGCACUGAAGCUCUUUGUUGUAGGUCUCGUUGUUCAAGGUGGCUAUUUCCAUGGUCUUCACAAUUUAACUUAUGGAGUUGAUAUUUUGAGUAUUAGAUGGAUGGGCGUACUACAGAGGAUAGCGAUGGCCUAUCUGUUAGUUGCAAUAUGCGAAAUCUGGCUUAAAAGUGACGAUGUUGUUGAUUCUGGAUAUUCCUUGGUCAGGCGAUACCGAUUGCAAUUGCUGGUGGGUUUGAUUCUUACGAUCAUGUACAUGGUUCUUCUCUAUGGUUCGUAUGUUCCUGAUUGGGAGUACCAGAUUCCAGGGCCAGGCUCCACGCCAAAGACCUUAUCAGUGAAAUGCGGAGUGAGGGGUGACACAGGACCUGCCUGCAAUGCCGUGGGAAUGACCGACCGCCAAAUUUUUGGCAUCCGACAUCUACAUAGACGUCCUGUUUAUGAAAGGACAAAGCAAUGCAGCAUAAACUCACCAGCUAGUGGCCCACUACCACCUGAUGCUCCUUCAUGGUGCCAAGCUCCUUUUGAUCCUGAAGGAUUACUUAGUUCUGUGAUGGCAAUCGUGACUUGCUUGAUCGGUUUGCAAUUCGGACAUGUUAUCAUACAUUUUAAGGAUCACAAGGACAGAAUCGUUCAAUGGUUGAUUCCUUCCUUUUGUCUGUUGGCCUUGGCCUUCUCAUUGGACUUCUUUGGAAUGCGUAUGAACAAGGCUCUGUACACAUUAAGUUAUACGUGUGCCACUGCUGGAGCUGCUGGGAUGCUCUUUACUGGAGUAUAUGUGCUGGUUGAUGUCGGUGGCUAUAGGAGGCCAACCUCAGCUAUGGAAUGGUUGGGGAUGCAUGCGCUUAUGAUCUACAUUCUAAUUGGCUGCAACGUCUUCCCAGUUCUUAUCCAGGGAUUCUACUGGAGGGAGCCUCAGAACAAUCUUUUCAAGGUCAUUGGCAUUUCCUAGACCUCCUCAAUAAUUGACGAAGGAAUCAGAUUGCUGCCACAUUCUGUCGAGGAUCGUGAUCUGGCUUCUAACCCUCGUCUUCACCAAAGUAAAAGCUAUCUCAAGCGUCUAAUGCUUGGGAAACAAGACUCUAGAUGUUGUAGGCUCUGCUGUGAUGAGCACAGAGGUCCAUCCAACAGUGCCCUUUUCUGAGCCUAUUAUGUGGCGCUUGAUAACUCGAGUUGCAGACUACCAAGUUUUGUCAUGUAGUACCACCAGUUCUGGCGCUGACCAAUUUCAUGCAGUGCAUGCUGUAUACACAGUAAAACCAGAUGUUUACUAUUGAUAGAGAUCUACGUGGACGAAAUUAUUAAUGUUA